AAGGACGGCAAUGACUUUUAAUUGUCUAUUUACCCUGUUUUUGAAAAUAGAAAAGUUUUUGAGAAUAAAAAAGUGAAGUGCAAUUCGCUCUAUACAAAUUGUAUUUCACUUAACCAUUGAUGGAGGAGGUCAAUCUCUUGAUUUUAGGAGCCUACCACUCCUUCAUCAAUGGUUAAAAGCAAUGCCGUCCGUACAAGGCAGACUGCAGCACAGCAUUCUCCUUUAAGAAAAUGACACAAUCUUUCUUCUUAUGCUUCCCAUUAAGAUGUUUCCCCCAACAAAAGUUCCUAGCUGAUUGCAUCUGCCCUCACAGUUUCAUUCACUUCCAAACAGAAUCAUGCUGAACCAUCAGCCAGGAGUUCCCAGAAACCCCCUUAGUUCAAUCAAUCCAGACUUCCAGAUUAGUACUGGUACAGGAGAUCAUGAUUUUGGUUUCUGGGACUCAAGGCAAGCCUGGUACAAUAACAAAUUCAGUAAUUUGGAUGGAAACGAAAUGAAAUUUCAAGUUGAGGUAGAUACCAUAGAGGGCCCUGGCUCUUGCUCUCCACCCUUGUGGAAAAAAAAUGAAAUGAGAGAUGCUAGACAUGAAUCUUCUCCUCUCCUUCCCUACAACCAUCAGUACAGUAACCUAGGGACACAAUCACAUAUAAUUGCAGAAGGCAGGAAGAAGCUUAUGGAGAUGAUUGAAAAUAUGCCAGAGUCCUCCUACGAGCUAUCUCUCAAGGAUAUUGUAGAUGAACAGCAUGUAGCAGGGGGUAAUGAAGAAAUUAUUAUGGUUGAAGAGAGAAGCUUUCGUGCUGAAUCUGAAAAUGAGAUAGAAAAGCAGAAGAAAAAGAGGAAAAAGAAAAGCAUCAAAUCAAAUCACAUAUCUAGAAGUGGAAGUAUGGAUACUGAUGCUUUCCUGAUCAAGUUGUUUUUUCCAACUUCCCUUGGUUUGAAUUUGAAGAAGAGAGCAAAAGCUGGAAAUGAAUCUAACAUUUCUACGCCCUUGCCUGAGUCAGAGGAAUCAGACAGCCAUGCAGAGAAGCAAUGGUGGAUUAAAAAGAUUUUCAAAGGAGGGAAUGGUAAAAACAGGGGCAAAUAUACCAGCAGAAGUGGCAGAAGCUGCAGUAGCGCAAGCUGUAGCAGCACAAACAGCAGUUCCAGCCAAAGCAGGCAUGAUAACACAAAUUCCUUCCCCAGUUGCUGGCUGUUCUUCCAAUCCAAGAAAAGCAAAAUGGAGGAAUGAGGAAGCUGCAUCUUCUGAAAAAGAAUGGAAUUUCACAGUUUAGGCUUCAGCUUUCUCCGAACCUUGAUCUUUUGAGAAAAGCUGUUCUAUGGAGUCAUCAUCAUUUGGAUAGUACAAAAAGAAAUCAGUAAAAGAUACUCAAGUAGCUCAUUUACUUUAGUGAUUUCCCUAUUUGUGUGAGCAAGAUGGACCCUGAUGUAGAGGAACUGCAAAAGAGAACUAUAAACAAGAUGUCAUUAU